ACGUUGGCAGCUCCGAUCAAUAUGGCCGCGGUUCGUUUGUGUCAGAAUUGAAGUCCAGCAGCGACAGAGGGCAGUAAAUAAAAAAUUUUAUAUGUCAGAAGCUGUCCGCCACAGCCACAGCCGGGAACGGUGAACGGUAAAACACCACCGAUCGUCGUCGUUGUGCGCGCUGCUACUCCGGUCGCGGCCCGGUGGCCUUUCGUGAAUUAAAAGGACCGUGUUCGAUUCAGUUUUUUUUCUUCGCCGCUCCGUGACAACGCAGUGCCAACACACGAAUACAUAAUCGUCGUCGUCGUCGAUUCGUCCAUCAGUGACUGGCAGCGCGGCCAUGUUUGAGUACGGUUUUUCGAAGUAGCGGAACGACGUUUUUCCGCAGUUCUCGCAUCAGCGUUCGCUUCGAAGUGACACAAUUUUGACAUCUGCAGGACCCAAACGUCGUCGUCGGAAAGCCGACGGCAAACAAAGAGGAGCGCAUAUUUUGACGGCCCGUUUGGAUUUGACCCGGGGAAGGGCCCAAAUUCGGAAACCAAAAUUACGCGGAACUCUACGCAACUGUACUGCUGCUGCCACGGGCCCACUACGACGGCUAUAUCGGGGCUGGGCGGAAUUAAAACGACCAGCAUAACAUUCACCAGCGCAAUUGCGGCGCAGGAGAAGUAAUAUGAAGAAAAUAGUGCAACCCGUACGAAAGAGCAAGUUCAAUCGACGGAGUGUGUAUGUGUGAUUAAUGUAACGAUAUCUUCAAUGAAAAGUGUACUAAAUACCGCUCGAGUGUAGAAAAAUGUAUGGACGAAGCGGUCCCGCUAAAAUGGCCCCCGUCAAGGUUUACGGUAGCACUACGACAACGACAAUUCAGCAGCAGCAACAUCAGCACCAACAACAACAUCAUCAACAACAGCAGCAGCAAUCCACAAUGCAGAUGAACGCAGUGCGUAAAAUCAACAGCCUGCUGCAAAGUGGUGCCGUCAGCGUAACUGGAAUUCCUGGCAAUCAACCGAGGAUGAUCCAAAAGAAGCCAAUCAACAAUCAGACGAGCGUGUCGAUCACGACCACUAACAGCUACGUGUCGAAGCAACAGAAAUGCUACGUUUGUGGAGACAAUGCCGGAGUCAAUGCCACCCUCUUGACGGAGGCAUCGACUACCACGUCCCAAACCGAAUUUACGUCAAAGAUUGCGAAAAUUGUCGGCGAAGGUUAUAUGGUGAUCAUCGGCACGGAUGAUGUCGUGUGCAGGAGGUGUAUCACACUGUUCAAUCAAAUGGACAAACUCGAAACAGAUCUGGAACACGUACGGCACACACUUACGAAUUAUAUUCACAGGAAAUAUAACAUCCUAGAUGAUGAUCCUGGAAUAACACCUCCGCCCGCCAAGAUUCAGAAGCUUGGAGGUACAAGUGCGGCUUUGUCCCAGUACAGUGUGAAAUCAAUGAACGAUUCCGGACAAGACAUGAACGAGCUGUCCAGAAAAACGAACACAUCCGGUAUGUCGGAUUUGAACAAUAGCUCAAUGGAUAUUGAGAACCAGCUGUUAAACAUGUUCGAAAAACCUCAACAGCAGAUUGUGACGCAACAGUUACAACCUCAACAGCAGCAGCAGAUGCAGACUAUAAACAAUGGAGCCAACAUAGUCAGUAGCACGGCUCAACCAAUGCAAUCAACUGCUACGAUUCGACGAAAUCCUAUCAAAAUGUACAAGUGCAUGUCCUGCGAUUUCAAGACGCAGGAUCUUACUCAAUUCCAGCCUCACUACGAGCAGUGUAAAGCCAACACUAGCCAGCAGCUGGCGACGCCUACGGCGACAGCAACGACGACCACCUCAUCGGCGUAUCGAUGCAAGCUGUGCAAGAAGAUCUUCGCUUCGGUUGCUCUCCUAAAGCAGCACAAUGCACAGGAACAUCAACACCCUGUCCAGCAGCAACAACAACAACCGACCGAAAUCAAAAUCAUAGACCAACAAGGACCUGGAACGACGAUAACUCAACUGUAUGCCUGUAACAUGUGCACUUACAAGACACCCGACAAACAGAACUACGACGACCACCUUCGAAAGCACAUAAAGCUAAAACCAUUCAAAUGCCGCGUUUGUUUGAUGCGAUUCGAAACACGCGAACAAGCCUCGAUACAUGCGAAGAAUCAUCAACCGGAUUACUUCAAGUGUGGCAUAUGUAAUGUCACGUUCAAUAAGCGUGAACUUCUGAUGAAACAUUUAGAAACACACGAAAACGUCAAGAAACAUCCCACGGUACAGAAACAUACGACGAUCACAACAGCCGUGCCUCAGCAUCAACCUCAGCAGCAGGUGCAGCAACAGCAAAUCAUCCACCAGCAGCCUCCACAGCCACAGAUCCACAUCAAGAGUGAGGUCCCUGUGGUCAACCAGGUGGCCGAUUCGUCUACCCAAAAACUUCUACAAGCCACGAUAGACGAAGCGCUUCGAGACACCAUAGGGGAAACGAUCGACGCCAAAUCGAUUCAGUUCCACUCGUGUAACACCUGCUCCCUGACAUUCCUCAACGAGAAGCUUUACAGUCAGCACAUGAAGAUGCACACCGGUCCAGGUGGAGGAGGCGCCCAGACACCGAUCAGCAGUAGUCAAACGAUCGGCGGAACCUCCGUUACCACCAGUAAAAAGAUGGUCAGCCAGCAUGCGGCUGCGCUCAACAAUGGCGGCGGUGGCCAGGAGCUGCACGGCAAACUGCUGGCACCGGGUUCCACCUCGGGCACCUCCGGUGGUAUGACCACCAGCCAUAGCAACACCAUCUCCGAUGGCGAUCUCGAGAGUAUAUUCGAGAAAAUCCACUCGGACAAGAACGAUAUGAACACCGGUGAUAAUCUGGUCAUCACUAGCCAGGACAAUGCUAGUGGUAACAUCACGUACAGCAUAACGCUGGCGCAGCAGGGACAGGGCGGGGCAGCUGCCCAGGGACAGACGACGUCGUACGUGCAGCAACAGUCGGCAGACGGAAUGGAUAGCAAAAUGGUUGUUCAGAAUCAAAUCCAACAGCAAGCAUCCGUCGGCAUCGAUAUGCCAACGCUCGAUCAAGGCGACGAUCACCAUCAGCAGCAACAGCAAGCGAAUCAAUCCCAGUCCAAGCAGGAAUCGAUGAACAUGCCCGUUAGUAUGCCGAGUUUGGACGACGACGGUGAUCAGUCGCAAAACAGUCAAAACUCCAAUGCAGAAGGUGGGGUUCCCAUGGAGUUGGAAGGGAUGCAGGACGCCGAUGGUCAGCAAAUAAAGUUCAUCCUUAAUGAGAAUGGCCAGUUGCUUCAGCUGGAUAAUCAUAUCCUGACUACGGAUGCCGAUGGCAACCAAAUUCUGGUCCAAGGUACCGACAGUGAGCAUAUUCAGCAGCUGCUACAAAGUGUGGGAGUUGUGAUGCAAGGCGGUGAAGGUUUAGGUGAUGGGGAAACACUACAGAUGAUUGGUGGUGAUGGCCAAACAGGACAGAUGAUCCUGGUUCAGGGAGCUGACGGACAGGAACAGUUGAUUGAUGCUUCGCUGUUGAACGCGGAUGGAAAUAUCGUUAUCCAGCAAUCUCAAGAAGGAGAACUUAACGCCGAAGGAACCCAUAUAACCACACAAGACGGACUGCAAAUCCCAGUUUCAGUGGCAUUUGCGACCUCCGGUGAAGUGGACCAGGAAGGCAACCUAACGGUAAUGGCCGGUGGGGAUGGUGGCGAACAGCAGAUACAACUACACCUACAACAACAUGCUGGCGAAGGCGACGAACAGCAACAUAUCGAAGACGCCGAAGGUCAGCAGGCCAUCUUAACGGAAAGUGGCCACAUAAUACUUCAUGCUCAGGAACAGGCCGGCGACGAGCAUCAUCAGAAGCAAGACGGAUCCGAUGAAAACAGUCAAAAUGCGUCGGUCAGUGCAGGCGUGACGGGAAGUACAACCACCACCGGAAGUACAGCUGCUGGCAAUGGAACCAGUGCAACGACAACAACGGCCAGCAAUCCACCCGAACAAGAAUUAUUCAAUUUCGACGAACUCAUUCAGCCACAGGUGGUGAUCAAACAACAGCCGGCUUAGAGGAAUAAGGUGGCUGCCGCAGAUGGUAUCCUUCUCCGUGCGAAGUACGCUUUAGACAUUCGGACUUCAGCAAUGGUUAUCCGAAAACAAAGCCUAGCAGCUUUCGAAGAUAAAUGUAGAGUGUUGCACUAACGUUUGCUCUAGAAAAUUUGUACUACGCAAGUAAGCUGAUAUGCUUAUGGUUCAAAGCUGUGUAAAUUGUAUAUACUGAAUAAUGUCCACGCUAAUCUAUGGAUCAACAAAAUUUGUAAAUAAGUCUAGUUUCUAGUUGCUGAAAAUAAAACAAUGGAUAAAUACAACUGAAACAAUUCUCAUGAUUCAUAAAUUUCCUUUACUGAUACAAGCAGGGAUCAUGUGUACCAAAUUCUUCAUUAAACCUAAAACACAUUACCUACCAAUCAGUAGUUAUGAAUCAUUUUGACAUAUCGCACGUAGACAAGACGAAAGAAAUACGAUUUCUUACAUCUAUACAAUAUGCCAAAAUAGCAUAAAGCUAGACUUAGUGAGGUUCUGUUUCGUGGUGUAAUGAAGAAUAUGCGUUACUAUGAAUCUAAAACACGUUAACAAUGUUUUCCAUGCAGGUUUGAGCAGUUUUCACUAGACAGUUUUUGAGUCCAGAAGUUAUCUUCUAGAUCUACGUUUCUUUGGCAACUUAACGUUUUCUUUUUAGCUUACAAAUGAAUAAUAAUAUAACUAGGUACAUAUUAUAUACCUACACUAAGUAUAAUACACGUUAAGGGUUAUCUCUAGGAAUAAUACACCUACUGCAACACUGAUGCUAUUUUAAAUAUUUUAUUUUCGUUCAAAGACCUACGAUACAAUAUAUGCCCAUUUUUUUCAAGAUGGAUUAAGUAGUACCUAUAAGGAUAACGAAGAAGAUUCUAGAAAUAAAAGUUGAAAUGAAGUGGUAGAUUUGCAACGAUACGUUUUCUACACGUCAUAUA